UUACUUUGAGUCUUUGACCAUUUCCGUGAAAACUCAACACCCCCACAACAAACCCCAAAAACACACUCCCUGUCCCACUCCACUUCCUUUCUCUUAAACAACAAACCAUGACAUCACUUUCCGGCGACACACCUCCAAUCUCCGACCUCCAAAUUCCCCAAUUCGACCUCGUUUCUGAUAUCUCCGACCACCAUUUCGCCGGAAAACACCCGAAAACACCACCUUCAUCAGUACAGAAAAAGAUAAUGCAAGAAUGGAAGCUCCUUUCAAAAGACCUACCCGAAACAAUCUUUGUUCGCGUCUAUGAAAACCGGGUGAACAUUCUUCGGGCCGCGAUUGUGGGUGCCCGUGGAACACCGUAUCAUGAUGGGUUGUUCUUUUUUGAUGUUGCUUUUCCGUCGGAUUACCCGGCACGGCCGCCUUUCGUUUAUUAUUGGUCAUUUGGGUAUCGGCUCAACCCGAAUUUAUACAGUAAUGGGCGGGUUUGUCUUAGCUUGUUGAAUACUUGGGUUGGUAAAAAAUGUGAAAAGUGGGAUCCUAACAAUUCUUCGAUUCUUCAGCUACUGUUAUCAAUCCAAGCAUUAGUACUGAAUGAAAAGCCAUACUUCAACGAGCCAGGUUACUCGGGAUGGUCAGGGCGAACUUACGGGGAGAAGAAAUCCUUGGCGUACAGUGAAGACGUGUUUGUUUUAAGCUGUAAAACAAUGCUACGGGUGCUUAGAAAGCCACCACAAAGCUUCGAACUAGUGGUUGCUCAACACUUCAAGGAUAAUGCAGAGUUUAUACUGAGUGCUUGUGAUGCAUACAGAAAAGGGUUCGCGAGAGUUGGGUGUUUUAAUGGGGCUGUGAAGGGAACUAAAGGGGAAGUUUCUGUCAAGUUUAAGGUUGCAAUUGAUCUGUUGUAUGAGGAUUUAGUGAUGGCAAUGUUGAAAACAGGUGCUUCUGUUGAGCAUUUCGCCCAACAGGCUAGGGAAGAGAGAGAAAAGAAGGCGAAAGAGAAAGCUGAAGUUGCGGCUGCUUCUAAGAACAAAAGGGGGGUUACAGUUGGUGAAAUUGGGAGAAGUUUUGUUCAGAAGUUGAAGAAGAUUGUGUCUCUGGGAUCAAUUAUGAAGAACAAGAGUCAGAAAUCCAAGACUAUUCCUGUCUAAGAAGAUUGAGCUAUGUAGUGAUCGAGAUUCUGAAAUGGCAUAUCCGUACAUACAUAUAGUUGUUCAAAGUAGGAAUUUGGGAUUAGUAAAUAGUACGAAGUAUUAGUAUGAUCACUGAUCAGUAUUGACGGAGAAGGUAUUGACUUGGUUAAGCUAUGGUGGGAGGUACUAGUAGGUAGAUAAAGUUAAAAUUGGUAUGAAAAUUGAAGUAUAUUUUGUGUUCAACUUUAGACAGAUUAUUUGGAAAAUAAUUCUUGUCCCAAAGGAA